AUGGUUGUGAUAAAUAAUCUAGAAGAUGGCAGUGAGUUAAUCGACACGGCAAUUUCAACAGCCUUGAAAGAAAGCAAGCCUGUUUACAUAAGCAUAAGUUGUAACUUGGCUGGAAUUCCUCAUCCUACUUUUAGCCCUGAGCCUAUUCCGAUUUCAUUGCCUCCCAGAUUCAGUAAUCAAAUGGCCUUAGAGGGAGCAGUUGAAGCAGCAGCAGACUUGUUGGACAAGGCAGUGAAAACAGUUAUGGUGGGUGGGCCUAAACUCCGAGUUGCACAAGCAGCUGAUGCUAGUUGUUAUGCUCUGGCUGUGAUGCCUUCAGCAAAGGGGCUUGUGCCAGAGCACCACCCUCAUUUCAUUGGGACAUACUAG